CUCCAGGAGGACCUGGAGCUGGAGCAGGUGAGGGUGAAUUCUCUGACCCACAUGGUGGUGGUUGUCGACGAGAACACUGGAGACAGCGCGACUGCCGCCUUGGAGAGUAAACUUCAGGUUCUCGGUGACCGCUGGGCAGCGAUUUGCAGAUGGACAGAAGAGCGCUGGAUUCUGCUUCAGGAGAUUCUGUUGAAAUGGCAGCACUUCACUAAUGAACAGUGUUUGUUUGACUCCUGGCUGACUCAAAAGGAGGAGCUGGUUCGCUCCACCAAGACCUCCAACCUCAAAGACCAAGCAGAGAUAGCGGCCUGUUUGCACCGUCUGUCUGCGCUGAAGGUAGAACUAGACGCCAAGCUUCCCACCAUGGAUAAACUGUGCUCUAUGAGCCAGGAUCUGUUGUUCAGUGUCAAGAACAAAGAGGUUGCCUCCAAACUGGAGGCCAGACUGGACAGCUUUGCUCAGCGAUGGGACCGACUAGUCCAAAAUCUGGAGUUGAACAUUUCUCAGCUUUCCUCGGCUGUCGGCACGACCAAGCAGUCUGAGGCCACCCAAUCGGUCACAGCGACCGUUACCAAGGUGACCACCAGGGAGAAGGUGUCAGCUUUGCGCCACACUCGAGAGUCGCCACCGCCUCAGAAGAAGAGACAAGUAGUGGUGGAUUCUGAGCUCAGGAAAAGUGUCAUGCAUCCUUUUCUGCUCUCCUAUCUCAGCAGGUUUGACGUGGACUUCACAGAGGUGCACAGCUACAUGACCCGCGGCGAGGCCAUCCUGCAGAGCCCCGAGUUCUCCGUGUCACGCAAAGACGGCAGCAUUCAGGAGCUGCAUGACAAAGUCCAGGCCAUAGACCGAGAGCGGCCGGAGAAGUACAGGAAGCUCCAGGAGGCGACGCGCACGGCGCAGACGCUCGUCGAGCAGGAGGGGAGCCGAGCCGAYGACAUCGCUCAGGCAGCAGAGCAGCUGAACCAGCGCUGGGCGGGAUUCUGCGUCCUGCUGGCCGACCGGCUCACAUGGCUGGCCUACCAAACAAAGGUUUUGGCCUUUUACAGCUUGUACGAGCAGUGUGAGCAGGCAGUGGACAGCAGUGAGAACUGGCUCAAAGUGCAGGCACCUCCAGCGUCGGAGCCAGAACCUCUCAAAGUGCAACUGGACCGAUGUCGGGAGGAGAUAGCUCGCCUGUCCUCCCUCCAGCCCCAGGUUGACCUCCUGGAAAAGCGUCUGAAUGAACUGAAAGACGAAAAGGAAGGCGAGGAGGACCCRUCCGCCUUUCUGGAUGCCGACAUCACUGCCUUCAAAGAACACUACCACAAGGUGCUGGAGGAUCUGCRGGCCAGAGAGAGGCAGCUCCAGCUGGUUUUGGAAAGCUUGCCCCCAGCUCGAUAUAAAGAGACCAUAUCUGCAUUGUUGGCAUGGUUACAGCAGUGCGAAGCCAAACUUUCCAUCCCAUCAACAGCUGUUACAGAGUAUCCCAUUAUGGAGCAGAGACUCAAGGAUCUUCAGGCUCUCCAGGCGGCCCUGGCUGAACACCAGGGCGAGGUCGACUACUUGACUUCAGCCGUUGAGCAGGUCUUUCAGAAAGCUCCACCAGAYAUCAGCCAAAAGUAUCGCCUAGAGAUAGACGCCAUAAUGGCCCGCUGGAGACGAUUGGGCUCCAUUCUGACAGACAGCGUCCAGAGAAUCCAGGAGCUCAUGGCCAAACUGAUGCAGUUUGAGAAUGACGUGAAGACUCUGAAAAAGUGGAUGGCAGAUGUGGAUGUGUUUCUGAACGAGGAGUGGCCCGCUCUGGGAGACUCUGAGGCUCUGGAGAAACAGUUAGAGCAGUGCACAGCUCUAGUGAAUGACAUCCACACCAUCCAACCCAGCGUGAACGGAAUCAACGAAGUGGGUCUGUACCUCAAGAAGGACGCAGAGCCACCCUUUGCCAUCCACAUCCAGAAAGAACUGGACGAACUGAACAUGCAGUGGGAGAAUGUAUGCAAACAGGCCUAUGCAAAGAAGUCGGCCUUGAAAGGGGGCCUUGACAAGACCAUGGCGUUGAGGAAGGAGAUGCAGGAAAUGCAAGAAUGGAUAAACCAGGCCGAGGAAGACUAUCUGGAGAGAGACUUCACAUACAAGACACCAGAGGAGCUGCGCAAGGCAGUCGAGGAGCUCAAGAGGGCGCAGGAGGAGGUCCACUCCAAGGAGCAAAAGGUCAAACUCCUGACGGACAGCGUCAACAGCUUCAUUGGCAAGGCCCCGCCCACUGCCCAUGAUGCAUUGCGCUCAGAACUGGACGUCCUGACGGCCAACUACCAGCGUUUGUGUAGCCGACUGGAUGGAAAAUGUAAAACUCUAGAGGAGGUGUGGGCCUGUUGGUGUGAGCUGCUGUCCUACCUGGAGCAGGAGAACGCCUUCCUGGACCAGCUGGAGCAGAAACUGGACGACAUAGAAAACCUGCAGGGGGGAGCGGAGGAGCUGCAGGAGGCGCUGGAUAGCCUCGAGGUUCUUCUGCAACACCCAGAGGACAACAGGAACCAGAUCCGAGAACUGGCCCAGACACUGAUGGACGGAGGGGUUCUGGACGAACUGAUUCAGCAGAAACUGGACGCAUUCAACACCCGAUGGGACGAGCUCAUGGCGAGGGCGGCGCUCAGGCGGAAGGAGCUGGAGCAGAGUUUGCAGUGGGCCCAGGAGAACGACAAGACGCUCCGACAAAUCCAGGAGUCUCUGGCCAACACGGACCGCCACCUCACCGCCUACCUGGCCGACCACAUCGAUGCCCAGCAGAUACCGCAGGAGGCUCAGAAAAUCCAGUCGGAGCUGAAUAGCCAUGAAGCGGCUCUGGCAGACAUGAGGAAGAAAAACCAGGAUAAGGAGCCUUCGCACCAGAUCGUUGGACAGAUAGACCUAACUCAGAAAAUGCUCGGCGACGUCUGGACCAAGUUCCGCUUCUUCCAGAAGCCGGCCAACUUCGACUCCCGCCUGGCCGAGUGCGAGCGCGUGCUGGCCGGGGUCAAAAGCCAGGGGGGCUUGCUGGACAUCCGCAGCGUGGAGCAGGAUGUGGUGCAGUCGCAGCUGGACCAGUGCAUGAAACUGUACAAGACCCUGAGCGAAGUGAAGGGGGAGGUGGAGACGGUGAUUAAAACAGGGAGACAGAUCGUCCAGAGGCAGCAGACGAAGCAACCCAAAGAGCUGGACGACAGGGUGACCGCCCUGAAACUGCUUUACAACCAGCUGGGAUCGCAGGUGACUGAGAGCAAACUGGAGCUGGAGAAGAGUCUGAAGUUGUCCAGGAAGUUGCGUAAGGAACUGAACGGGCUGACGGAGUGGCUUGCCGCUACCGAUGCUGAGCUGACCAGGCGCUCCGCCGUGGAGGGAAUGCCCGGUGACCUGGAGGCUGAGGUCGCCUGGGCGCAGUCCGUCCACAGUGACAUCGAGAGGCAUCAGCCCCAGCUGCAGGCGGUGGUGGACCUCGCAGAGGCCCUCAAGGCGGUGCUGAAGGGCAACGGAGGCUUAGUGGACGACAAAGUCAGCCUGUUGCACUGCAACUGGAUCGCUGUAACGUCCAGGGCAGAGGAAUGGCUCAACCUGCUGCUGGAUUACCAGCAGCAGAUGCAAAAGUUAGACGGAGAGAUUAAGGAAGUGAAUGAAUGGAUUGACGGAGCAGAGAGAAAGAUGGACGAAAUAGACAAUCAGGGUCCCAAUGAUGCUGUGCUGAAGGUGUUGCGUGCUGAGCUGGAGCUGACCAAAGGGAAGAUGGAGGAAGUUAGAGAACUGGCACAGGAGCUCAUGUCCACCAGGGGAGAGAACUGCCAGGCCCAAGUCGGACCCAGACUGGAGCAGCUCAACCAGAGGUUCGACAUCAUCUCUCAACGGAUCGCCUCUGGAUUGUCGGCAGCGUCUGCCAGGGAGCUUGAACAGUACCACAGCGAAGUACGGGUCUGGCUUGAACUGCUGGAGGAGGAAGCCAAACAGGGAGAGAACCUAAAGGAGGAGGACUUCCAGGAGGACAAGAAUUGUGAAGAGGGUGCAGUGCAAGAGUUGCUGUUGAAAGGAGAGAACCUGCAAAAGAGAGCCCCAGAUCGAGACAAGCGAGAGCAGAUAAGACAGAAACACAACCAGCUCAACAGCAAAUACAACACUGUAAAGGACCUGCGUAUCCUGAGGAAUAGAAAGGCUCUGGCCAUCGCUCCCCAGUGGUACCAGUACAGAAGGAAAUCCCAUGACCUGAUGGCCUGGUUGGACGACAUCCAGCGCAGCGUGGACCAACUUCCUGACCCACCCGAGGGAGAGCGGGUCAAGGAAAUUGGCUCAGAGUUCGACAAGAAGAAGGAGGAGCUUAAGGAGGUGCAGGGCUUAGCCAAUCAGCUCUCACAGGCUGGAGCCGCCAAUCUAGUGGAGCCCCGCCAACUCCAGCUCAACACUCGCUGGGUUGAGGUGGAGGGCAAGUUCAUACCCUUCAAAAGACGAUGUUCCGCCGAUCUCCCAGCCACUGAAGAUGAGUACCUGACAGAGCUCCAGGCGCUUCUGCGUUCGGUGUCAGAGACGGACUUCAAGCUGAACUCUCCUGAAUACUGGCCUGCAGCGUAUUAUAACCUGCCGCAGCAAGAGCACUGCCUGAAGGAUGUAAAGGAGAACAUAGACAAGCUGCACGGCCCGGUGGAAGGAGCGCUGGUCCGGAGAGAAGAGAUGGUGACGGGUUCUCGACCUUUGGAAGGUCACAGGGUUCAGGAGACGGCUUCCCUACUCAACAACAAUUGGGACAAACUAAAGAAGCUCUACAAAGACAGACUGAAGCGUUGGAAGGACUGUAACUCCAAGUGGCAGAGGUUUGUCUCGGACCAGAGGGAAGUGGAGGAGUGGCUGAGCAACGCCGAGAGCACUUUGAAACUGUCUGAGAGUGAGCCGGCAGCACACAGACAGCAACUCAGGGACCUGGUGGACGACAUAUCUCACCAGGAGGUGGUGUUGGGCAGAGUGAACUCUGCAGGAGAAGACAUCAGCCAGAUGAGCACACCAGAUGAUGCCUUACGCCUCCGGUCGCAGCUUAAACUACUCAACACUCGCUGGGCCAACGUCUGCCAGGAGCUCAGGGAGCGUAAGAGGAGGUCCGCCGAGGUGCGAACAGCUGGCGCAGAGUUUGAGGAGGACAUGGGCUCGAUGCUGAACUGGCUGGAUAAAGCGGAGGGUGUGCUGGCCAUCCCUCUGCACCCCCCAGAACCACAGCACAUCAGGGACACUUUGAGCAAAGUCCAGACGCGUGUGGAGGAGCUUCCCGCAAAGAAGUCGGCAGUGGAGAAUCUGAACGCCAAGCAGAAGAUGCUAACCCUUCUUCCUGCUGACAAGCACAAAGACAUCAGGGGCAUCAACACUCGCUGGGCUCAGGUGUCUAGGGCUCUGCCUGAGCGUCAGCUGGAGAUCGAGGGUCUGCUGAAGGAGCUCCUAAAGAUCCAGGGUGAGCUGGACGACCUGUCAGCCUGGGCGUCGAGCACGAGGGCCAAGCUGGAGCAGAGUCCCCAGGAGCCACCACCCAGACUAAUUGAGGACGUUCAGCAGAAGAAGCCAGAAGUGGAGUUUGUUUUGGAGCGAGCCAAUCAGAUUUACAGGGAGACUCCUCCAGGACGGCUGGACAAGGGGAAACACGUGAAGCUAAGAGAGGACUGGACGGUGAUUCUGGAGCUGCUGCAGCAGCACAAAGAAAGGACGGCUGCUGCUCUCGUCUCCAAAAAAACCCACGAAGGCCUGACAGGAAGUUCCCAGCCUGAAUCUGCCGCGCUCCAGCAGUUCAACAAAUCCUGGGCUGAGCUCACCGAUUGGCUGAAGAUGCUGGAUAACAUGGUGCAAAACAAGCAGGUGGUGGUCGCCGACCUGGACGACAUCAACGAAAACAUAAACCAGCUCAAGGAAUCUCUACAGGAGCUCGACAAGCGGCGCCCCCUCUUGGAGAAACAAGUAACGGCAGCACAGAACCUGAAGAACAAGACCAGCAACCAGGACACGCGCAGCGUCAUUACAGAACGCAUCGACAAGCUUCAGACCCACUGGGAAGACUCUCAGACCAAACUCUCCGACAGGCUCAAGCAAAUCCUCAACAUGCUGCAGGACUCCACAAACUGGCUGGACGCAAAGCGGGAGGUGGACUACCUCAUCAAACAGGCCAGUGGGAGGCUGGAAUCGUGGCAGGAGAUCACGUACACAGCGGAUGUGCUGAAGAAGCAACACGCAGAUCUGAGGGUCUUCAUGAAGGACCUGAAGCAGUGGCAGGGACAGGUGGCUGAAACCAACGCGCUGGCCAACAAGCUGCUGACACUCUACGCCAACGACGACACGCACAAGGUCACCCAGGUCAAUGACAACAUGCUGGCGACGUGGGCGCACAUCAACAAACGAGUUUCAGACCGAGAGGCGGCGGUGGAAGCCGGCCUGAAGCUGCUCCACCAGUUCUACCUGGACCUGGAGAAGUUCCUGAGCUGGCUGACGGAGGCGGAGACCACCUGCAAUGUUUUGAUAGAUGCUACCAACAAGGAGAGGCUGCAGGAUCAGCCUGAGGCGGCCAAGAGGCUGCUGGCCCAGUGGAAGGACCUCCAGGCAGAGGUGGACGGCCAUGAAGAGCUGUAUCACUCCCUGGAUGAGAACGGCCAGAGGAUCCUGACCUCUCUGAGGGACCCUGAGGACCGGGUUCUGCUCCAGAGGCGUCUGGACAACAUGAGGCAGCGCUGGAACGACCUGCGCAGCAAGACUCUCAGCAUGAGGUCACAGCUGGACUCUGAGAUGGCUCCCUGGAAGAGGCUCCACAUGUCACUGCAGGAGCUGUUGAACUGGCUAAGGCUGAAGAGUCAGCAGCUGGAGCAGGAGAAACCUGUAGGGGGCGAUGUUCCCACUGUGCAGUCCCAGCUGGAUACACACAGAGGGUUCAAAAUGGAGCUCAGAGCCAAGGAUCCAGUGGUGACCAAGGCUCUUGACGAUGCGGGAUUCUUCCUGUCUGAACUGCCUAGAGAGUCGCCAUCACCUGAACUGAGAGACAUCAGCCCAGAGGAGCGUGCUCAGAACGUGGGCCGAGUGUUGCGCAAAGAGGCGGACGACGUGGUGAGCCGGUGGGACCGGCUCAACGUCGACUCGGCCGACUGGCAGAGGAGGUUGGAGUUGGCCCUGGACAGACUGAUGGAGCUCCAGGAAGCAGAAGACCUGCUGGACAAGCAGCUGAAACAGGCGGAGAUGGUGAAGCAAGGCUGGGAACCCGUAGGGGAACUGUUGAUUGACUCCUUACCUGAGCACAUCAGCAGAGUCAAGGAGUUCCAGGAAGAAAUAGCUCUGAUUAAGGACGAUGUGACACACAUGAACCAUUUGGCAUCCACGUUCGAUCCAUCCGACAUCCAGUUGUCUCCUAGCAACCUGGAACGCAUUGAAGACCUCAACACGCGCUGGAGACUGCUCCAAGUUACCGUGGAUACAGGAAAAAGCAACUCGGGCAGCAAUGGACUGGAUGAGGUGGACUCAAAGAUAUCUGUCAAAGAACAUCUGAAGCAGCUGACAGACGCUCACACAGACUUCUGCCUUUCUCAAGGAUCGGUAGAAAGACCGUUCGAGCAGGGCAUCUCUCCAAACAAUGUGCCCUAUUAUAUCAACCACCAGACCCAGACGACAUGCUGGGACCAUCCCAAGAUGACGGAGCUCUACCAGUCUCUGUCCGACCUGAACAACGUUCGGUUCUCGGCCUACCGCACCGCCAUGAAGCUCAGGCGCCUGCAGAAAGCUCUCUGCUUGGACCUGCUGAGCAUGCAGACGGCGUGCGAGGUGUUCGAGCAGCACACCCUGAAGCAGAAUGAGCAGCUGCUGGACAUCUCCCAGCUGAUGACCUGCCUUACCAGCCUGUACCAGCGGCUGGAGCAGAGCCACUCCCACCUGGUCAACGUCCAGCUGAGUGUGGACAUGUGCCUCAACUGGCUGCUCAACGUCUACGACACCGGGCGCACUGGGAAGAUUCGGACUCUGUCGUUCAAAACUGGAAUCAUCUCGCUUUGCAAAGCCCACCUGGAGGAUAAAUACCGAUUUUUGUUCCGACAGGUCGCCAGCGCCACAGGUUUCUGUGACCAGCGCCGUUUGGGCCUCCUCCUCCACGACUCCAUCCAGAUCCCCCGGCAGCUCGGCGAGGUGGCGUCCUUCGGCGGCUCCAACAUCGAGCCGUCCGUCCGCAGCUGCUUCCAGUUUGCCAACAACAAACCUGAGCUGGAGGCCUCCAUGUUCCUGGACUGGAUGCGUCUGGAGCCUCAGUCUAUGGUUUGGCUCCCGGUGCUGCACCGGGUCGCGGCUGCAGAAACCGCCAAGCACCAAGCCAAGUGCAACAUCUGCAAGGAGUGUCCCAUCAUCGGGUUCAGAUAUCGGAGCCUGAAACAUUUCAACUAUGACAUUUGCCAAAGCUGCUUCUUCUCCGGCCGUGUUGCCAAGGGACACAAGAUGCAAUACCCCAUGGUGGAAUACUGCACUCCGACCACAUCAGGGGAGGAUGUGCGUGAUUUUGCCAAGGUGCUGAAGAACAAAUUCAGGACUAAGCGCUACUUUGCCAAACACCCACGCAUGGGCUACCUGCCCGUCCAGACCAUCCUGGAGGGGGACAACAUGGAAACUCCUGUCACCCUGAUCAACUUCUGGCCUGUAGAUCAUGCGCCUGGGUCGUCUCCUCAACUCUCUCACGACGACACACAUUCUCGGAUCGAGCACUACGCCAACCGGUUAGCUGAAAUGGAGAACCGUAAUGGCUCUUAUCUGAAUGACAGUAUCUCACCCAAUGAGAGCAUCGAUGACGAGCACAUGUUGAUCCAGCACUACUGCCAGUCUCUGAACCAAGGCUCUCCUCUCAGUCAGCCCCGCAGCCCCGCCCAGAUCCUCAUCUCCAUGGAAACAGAGGAGAAGGGAGAGCUUGAGAGGGUUCUGGGUGACCUGGAGCAGGAGAACAGAAAGCUGCAGGCCGAGUACGACCGUCUGAAAAAAGCCCAUGACAGGAAGGGUCUGUCCCCUCUGCCUUCGCCGCCCGAGAUGCUGCCGGUGUCGCCGCAGAGCGCUCGAGACGCCGAGCUCAUCGCCGAGGCCAAGCUGUUGCGGCAGCACAAAGGCCGCCUGGAGGCCCGCAUGCAGAUACUGGAGGACCACAACAAACAGCUGGAGUCCCAGCUGCACAGGCUGAGGCAGCUUCUGGAGCAGACGGAUUCCAAGGUGAACGGCACGGCCCUCUCCUCCCCCUCCACAUCCUCCCAGCGCUCUGACUCGUCUCUGCCACUGCUGCGUGUGGCAGCCAGCCAGACUACUGACACAAUGGGCGAUGACGAGUUUUCCAGUCCUUCCCAAGAUGCAUCUGGCCUGGAGGAAGUGGUGGAGCAGCUCAACAACACUUUCCCUCACAGCCAGGGUCUCGGCAUCGGCAGCCUGUUCCACAUGGCGGACGAUCUGGGCCGCGCCAUGGAAUCGCUGGUCAGCGCCAUGACCGUCGAGCGCAGCGUGGAACUGCCGCGUCCUUUUUGAUCCCCCUAUCAUACCGCAUGCUUUUUUAGUCGAAACAACUGGAUUGGAAACUGUUUACACAGAGAAUAUAAUGUCUAUUUUUGUGAAGGAUUGCAGUUAAAGCAACAAGUACAAAAAAAUAAUAAGAUUUGAGUAGUUUCUUAAAACAUCCUGUUUUAUUGUCAAAAGAAGCUGGUUUUUAAACUUCUAUGCAAUUGUAUAAAACGAGAAGCGGGGUUGAGAAACAGACGGCGUCUUCAGUGUCCUCGUAUAUUUGCUAUCUCUUUCUAACUGGGGAAACGAGCUGAAGCAUUUCUCACUAGUUUCAAACGAUUGUAACAAUGAGGGUGUUUUCUAAGAGGCAGUUCUGAGUGUGUGUGUGUGUGUGAGUGAGUGUGGUGCCUAAAAUUUCAUAAGUUUUUUUUUUUGUUUUGUUUUCUGGAGUGGAGGGAUGCUACUUUUUAGAAACUGGAUGGAUAUUAAUACCCAAUACAAGCUCUGAUGAUCCUAAUAACAGUAAGCAAAGUUAAAAAAAGAAAAAGGCCUCACAGCAUCAUUGCAUCAAGAAGAGUUUUCAGAAAGUUACUAGAGGGCGCUGUUGAGUUUGUUCCCCUCAUCUGAACAAAGUUUUUUUACUUUUUACUUGGUAGACCAAUUUGACACGUUGAUUCGCAGCUGAACACUUGGCUUUCACAAAUCUGACAUCUGUCUUGUUGCAACUACAAAUUUGUCAUUUCCCUAAAAGGUCAGAUUUCUGACUUGCUUUUCAACAUGGUGACUCAAUUCAUCCAUUCUCAAAAGGCCAAAGUGCUCAAGUGCAAACCAAGUUUUGAUCAGAUGUAUUUUUUUCUAUCAGCUAAAGCAGAAGAAUGAAUCUGCUCCCGUUUCACACAGAGAAAGAAAAGUCUUCCUCAGUACAGAAACUUUAACAGUCAAUGCCUUGAUCCAUGCGGCACAGGAACAUUUUAACUGUUUGAUUUCCACUACCUGUUAUUAACUCAACAAUCUCAUGUGAAGUUUGGAUGUUAGUUUGACCUCUAAUCAGUUCCACACUCCAAGAUUAGUAAAAAUCUAAAAGAUAUUUCUAAUUGAGCACUGGUGGACGCUGAAUAUUCUGUCAAGCCUAAUCUGGUUUUUCGUCUUACGUUUUGUCUUUGGUUCAAAGCAGGUUGGUUUCGUUCUGUGUGAGGAGCUCUGAUAUUAACAUGUGACUAAAAGAAAAAAAAAUCUUCAUGUAAUAAAUAAUCAGUUGUUUCAUCAGAUUCCUGCAGCAUGACCCAGUGAGUUUGAAAUUUUGACCCAAGUUGAUUUCUUUAAUUUUCUAUUUCACCUAAUUUUUUUCAAAUAACACGUCGAUACUUCACAACAUAUCAGAGUCCAUCAAAUGUAUGCCUUACUACUGUACUAUAAAAUGCUUUACUGUAUAUCAAUAAAGCAUGCCGUUAUGUUGACUGCC